UCCGCCAAUACGUUUCUGAUUGCCCCCCUCCUCUACAAAAUCUCUUCCAGAACUUUUCUUUGCUGUUGGGCUUUGCUCUGUUGUUUGUCCUUCAAAGCCAAAAUUGAUUCCGGGUUUCUUUCGUAGUUUCAUUCAUCAGGGUUUGUUCUUCUGGUUGAGGAGCAGUGCCAUCUCGAAGUUCAUUGAUACAAUUUUUGAAAGGAUAAAUAGAUCACUAUGGAUUUUAAAGGUCUAACUUGGGUUGGAAAUAUAUAUCAAAAGUUUGAAGCUAUGUGCUUGGAGGUGGAAGAAGUUAUGUAUCAGGAUACUGUUAAAUAUGUUGAAGAUCAGGUGCACACUGUUGGGGCAAGUGUGAAAAAGUUCUACUCAGAUGUUAUGCAAGAUUUUCUCCCUCCAUCUUCCAUUGAUCCUGUGAAACUAUCUCCCAUUGAUUUGUCUCUGAAUCCCUAUGGUGAUUUUGGGAUCUGUAAGAAACCAAAGGCAAGUAUUGAGGCAGAUCCUAUAAAGAUCAAGAAGCCUGUCACUGAGGAUUCAGAAGUGGUCAUUGGUGCAAAGGCAGAUUACAGUCCAUUGUUCAGUGGACUUGAUGAUUUAGAUCAUUUUCAUUCAGAGUCUUUUGCUGGCCCAGACAAGCGUGCAGGCAUGGACUUAUAUUUGGAACAAAAUAAGUGCAAAAGUUCCUAUCGACUUUCAGAUGGGGUUACCAAAAGAAGAUCUAGAAGGAACAACUGUGUGCCAUCAGGUACUUCAAUGUCAGUCACUCCCGUGUCAAAAGAUUUUAGCACUGUGUCAUCAUGCCGUGAAAGAAAUGAGAAUGGAGUAGCAUGUGAUCAGAUUGCUAUAUUACCGUGCCCAUUUCCAGCUGAUGCUAAAGGACGUGAUAUUAGUGGAGCCAAAUUAUGUGAAAAUGGCCCUGUCUCAACUCUCUCUAUGAUUGAUGCUUCAACUGAUAGAAUUUCACCUGUUCAAUCUGAUGCCAACAAACAAACAAAACUGGAAGGUUCUUCAUCAGACAGUAUGCCUGAUGCUUCAUCAGCAGAAGAUGGCACACAAAAAAGUAGCAAAGUGGUUUCGCAGAUAAGGUCUAAUGUCAGUGAGGCAUCUGCAAGUGAGGACUGUUUGCCCCUUCCAGGAAGAUCAACUGAAUUUAACUUGAAGGUGAUUGAUAAUUAUGAAAAUGCAAUUGGGCUGGGGAUUGAAGCUGUUGAAAAUUUUGACAAAGAGAAUCUGGUUGGAACUUGUGUGUUAGUCGACAGAGUAAAACUUUGCGUUGCAACUCCCAAGGAAUAUAAACCUAGGUCAUAUAAGAAAAAGAUUCAGAAAGCUCUCUACUCAAAGAAGUCGGUAAGAAAGCAGGAGUACAAACAGCUUGCAAGGCAACAAGAGAUUGAAUCAGAAUCAAACCAAGAAAGUUCAGGGAGUGUGGUGCCUUCACUAACCAUGGAUGGGGACAGAAACGGAUCAUCAGCUCCCAGUGCUUGUGAAUCUGAGUGGGAGCUUGUGUAGAUACGACUACUGGAGAGCUUGUGUAGAUACGACUACUGGAGAAGGCUUUGGUAAAUAAACACUCACCUGUAAGUAAACCUACCAGCCACCCAUUGGAGAUCAAGGGGGUAAGGUUCUAUAUAUGUCACAUGUCGACUGUGUCAGCUAUAAAUUACAUCCUUGAGAACUGUCUGAAGUGGUAAAAUAGCAAAAUAAGCCACCUUUUUAAUGUUUAAGGAUAUCGGCAAUUUCAUAAUUUGUAGUUCAUUACAUACUGGUUGCCCUUAUAAGGCACAAUCAUAAUCACAUACUUUGCUCUUCAUAUUCGCAAA